AUGGAUUUUGCAUACGACCUUGCAGCAAGGACUCCGGCUCCAGGGGCAUCUCCGCCGCCGCCGCCGCCGCCCGGGGGUCUCACCUACAGGAAAAGGGAAAAAAAAAAUCUCCCUUUCAGCCAAGAUAUUUGCUUAUUCGGUCAGAUUCCGGAGGGAUUUGCGAUACAUAGAAAGCCGAAUUACUGCGCGCGAGCCGGGUUGAGCUGCUCUCGUACGAUCUCUUGGAACCUCCUCACUAAGAACCCCAGUAACCCCUCCUCCCUAUUAGACCCCCCUAAGACCCUCCCACCCUCCUUAGACCCCGCCCCCUCCGCGCCCCGCCCGCCCGAGCGCCCUCCCACGCGGUUCCAUCACGGACCCGCCCGGCGCCUUUGCCCGGCGCUCGCGUCAGGAGACAAGAGUGACCGCCGUCAGCGCCUCCAGCCACCCGCAGCAGCAGACACCGCACGCCCCUCGCCCGAGCAGAACCCGCCCCCCUCGCCGCCCUCAGCCAAGCCAUAG